AUGAAGACAGAUAUAAGCCGUAUUCUUAUGCUGCCGCCCGACUACAUUGAUGCUGUAAACGAACAGGCCGAGGCCAAUCUGUCAUUCCGGGAAUAUGCAAGAGUGGAAUUCUUGUCAGGCUAUGACACCUUUCGAACUUAUCGGCCACCUCCAUUGGGCAUGUUUGACGAAGCAGUGAUGAAGGGAUUGACGCGAAGCUUGCCAAAAUUCACGAAACAUCUCUCCUUGGAAAUGACACAGAACCUGGACAACACCUGGGGCGAAUCAACAGAAUGGCGCGAGGUCGACCUGCACACAGAUGUUCUAACCUGGGUGGCUCGUCUGUCCUCGAGGAUUUUCCUAGGUACCGAAUGGACUACGAAUCAGGAAUGGAUCCGAGUCUCCAUCAACUACACUGUCGACACAUUCACAGCUAUUGCCAUCUGCAAAUUCAUUCCGGCACCUAUCAGAUGGAUGUUCGUACAAUGGCUUCCCCUCUGUCGAAAAGUAAGGCGGGACUACAGGACCUGCGAACGAAUUCUCACUCCCGUCUUCAAAGCACGCGAUGCAGAAAUACAAGCGGCCCAACGCGAAGGGAGACCGCCCCAACUUCCAGAUGACUCCAUCGAAUGGUUCCGAAGCGCUUCCAAAGGAAGAAAGUACUCUCAAGUCGACAUUCAGAUUGCUCUACAGGUAGCGGCAAUUCACACAACCAGCGAUUUGCUUAACCAGGCGAUUUUGAACCUUUGUGCGAAUCCUGAGAUGAUGGAGCCGUUGAGAGAGGAAGCCUUACGAGUGUUAGGUCAGUAUGGCUGGCAGAAAUUGGCACUCACGGAACUUCGCCUGCUGGAUAGCUUUUUCAAGGAGACUCAAAGGCUGAAGCCCAUCAAUAUGGCGAGCAUGCACCGAGUUGCAUUGACGGAUGUCGUCCUCUCGAACGGUACACAUAUUAGGAAAGGCGAGAAGAUGGGGAUUUCCACCCAUGACAUGUGGUCGCCAGAGAUCUACGAGAACCCAGAGAAAUUCGACGGCUAUCGUUUCCUCGAGCGUCGUAAGCUUCCAGGACUUGAGAUGAAGAGCCAACUUGUAUCAACGAGCACCGAUCAUAUGGGAUUCUCCCAUGGGAAACAUGCCUGCCCAGGGAGAUUCUUCGCCGCGAAUGAGGUCAAAAUUGCAAUGAUCCACUUGAUUCUCAAGUACGACAUGAAGAUCAGUGAUCCGAGUCUGGCGCAAUGGGGUUCUUACGGUGUCGCACUCUAUACGAACCCAAAGGCCAAGAUUAGCAUUCGGGCGAGAAAGCCGGAGAUUGAUUUGGAGGAGCUGGCGAAGGCUUUGUAG